UACGCAAGCGGAGUAUGUCACUUCGUAGAGUGAUCGACAAAAACGACAGCAUUUUGCUCGAACUGUUGGCGUUUACGCACGAACCUUAUAUGCAUUAAAAAAUCACAUGGACUUUCUUAACUGUUUUAAGUUGUUUUAAUUAAAAAUGUUAAUUAAACUAGGUGCGAUUUUGUUAGUUUCAGCCGUCUCUAGUGCACAUAUGAUAAGUCAAAGAUGGGAUGUGGCAGUAGCUGUAGGUGAUGAAAUUAAACUUUUAAAUUACACCGGUUCGUUAUUAGGUACUGCUGUCGAACAAUUCACCAAAUUAAAAGCCUUAUCAUAUGACUAUGUCCGCCAUCAGUUUUUGGUUAGUAAUAUGGAGAAACUAAACGACACCAUUUUUAAAAUACAAUUAAACAACAAGCAAACUGCGAUAGUACCUAUUGUAAAAGACCUUCCAGAUGAUGUACAGGGCAUAGCUAUCGAUCCUUUAACAGAUAUUUUAUAUUGGACUGAUAGUGAUAAUCGUAGUAUAAAUUAUGUCUCAUUGAAGCAUUCUUCCGACAAAUUGAACAAUCUUCUUUAUUUUAAAGAUGAAAUUCCUCAUGAUAUAGCAGUUGACUCAUGUAAAAGGUAUUUAUACUGGACCAACUUGAAUAUCAUGAAACCUUCUGUAGCGAGAAUAUCGCUUAAUACAAUGAAACAAGAAGUUUUGGUGAGCGAUGAUCUUUUUAGUCCUACGGGGAUAACAAUAGAUUACGAAAAUGAUAGAAUUUAUUGGGGAGACCUCAGACAAGGAAUAUACUUUCGUAUAGAAAGUACCAAGAUGGAUGGUACAGAAAGGCAAAUUUUGUUUGAAGGCACCCAUCAGAAACCGUAUGGAGUUGCCGUUGAUUCGGAUUACGUUUAUUGGACGGAUGUCAUCAAUAACGAAUUAAAUAGGAAAAGCAAACACGAUGACAGUCCUCCAGAAUGUAUCCACAAGUUCGAUGCGAUUCCCCAAGGUGUUGUAGUACAUGACACGGGUUUCGUUCAGCGCGAAGAAUGCAAAGAUGUGUAUAAUGCUAUUGAAAAUUUCAAAGGUACCACUACAGAAUUUUUUCUUGCCAAUGAGGAAAAAAAUGAAUCGAAUGAGUGUUUGAAGCGCGGAGAAUUUAUAGAUGGCGGAUGUCAAUGUCAUAGAGGAUACACUGGGACGAAUUGCGAGAUAUCGUUGUGCUACAAUUUUUGCGUGCAUGGAGAAUGUCAUUUUACCUCAUUAGCGUAUCCUCAGUGCAAGUGUCCUCCAGGAUUUAUGGGAGCAAGAUGCCAAAAAAAUAUUUGUGACGGAUUCUGUUUGAACGAUGGCAAGUGCAGUAUUGCCGCCAAUAGCACCUCAACCCCAAUCUGUAAAUGUACAAAUGGUUUUUCAGGAAUAAGGUGCCAAGAAAGUACCGAAUUCUCUAAAAUUUGCGAAUUAUAUUGCAGCAGAAGACAUGCCAGUUCCCUUUUGGAUGAAGAAAGCGAAAUGCUUUGCAAGUGCCAGGAUGGCAGCUUUAAAAUUGUCGACAACUCGGUUAGAGUUCAAGAAUCUGCGGAACAAACAAGUAUAUGGCAAUAUACUGAAAAGCCAGCGAUCAUAGUCUUGUCAGUUUGUAUGGUAGUUAUGUUCGUACUCAUUAUUGUUUUGGCUUCGUUCGUGUGCAAGUUACGGCGCCGUCCACGGAUAAAAAAACGAAUAAUUGUUAACAAAAAUGUAACACCACUCACAUACCGGCCUCAAGCACCCGAACAGUGCGAGAUCACGAUAGAAAAUUGUUGCAACAUGAACGUCUGUGAAACGCCAUGUUUUGAACCACCAAAGUUACGAGCUUUCCAUUCAAAGAAAGAAGAGAAGAAGGAAUUGCUAGGAAAUAUGGAAAACGGAGAAGACCUUUACUAAUGCAUACUUAAUAUCGUAAAAAACAAGGCUCAGGCUGUGACUAUAUAUAAUAACAAAAGUAUUACGUUAAAUAUCGUUAUUCCGUUUAAAUUAAUUAAUUGAACCAGAUUCUUCAAGAUCGUUCAAAUAAAAACGAAUCAGUUAAGACUGAUAUAUAGAAGGGUAUCAAAAACUGAGAACAUUUAACAUCAGUUUUUAAAAUCAAAAUAUAAAAUAGAAAAUUUUGUAAUGUCUAUUGUACGAUUGUUCCCUGGUGGCACUUAGCCUAGGAAUAAUUUUACAGAAUGAUGACAUGGUAUAGACCGGAUCAUAAUUAUUGUUACCAGUAAGCGGAAAGCAAUCUUUUGUGUGCAAUCAAUCCAAGAUCUUUUAUAAUGGGAUUCAGCUUCAAACAUUGGUACUUAUCAAACAUUGUCAAAUGUUCUAUUUUGUUAGUUUGCUGUGUACUUUCCAUGUGUGCAAGUAGUUUUUUUCUGUUAAAUUAUCUUAUGAAAGAAUAAUCACUGCCACUUAAAAAUUGUUUUCUUAAAAGCAAUCUCGGUAUAAAGCUUAAGACAUAGGUAAGUUUCUAAGUUUUCAAUCAUCGGUCAUAAUGUACUUUUUUGUUGUGCAAUUUUGUUCUAUUCUUUUUUAAUUUAUUUUGAUGCGGUUUGCUGCUUCAGAAGUAAAUUAAUCGCAACUUGGUUUAAAAAAGUUCCUUAAUUAAUUUAUUUCUUCCGAUUAUUUUAUUUUUCUAAUGAAUAAAUAAACACGCAGAAAGAAAUCUAAUACAUAGUGUAUCAUCAUCUGCGUGACUAUUAUAAACCCAUAGAAUUAGGUUGCGUUGCUAAUUAACUAAUUUAAUUAUGAUAAUUAUCUAGCGAAGUAUUCUAAACUGUCUGUUCUCUUCGGUUGUGAGUAGAUUUUAGUGUUGGUAUAAAAUACCAGCAGAAUCCUGUUUCUUGUUUGCUCCUAACACACAACUUUGCCGAAUAUUCUGUUACAGUAAAUAUUUUUAAGUAACAAAAAUUGUUGUUAAAAGUUACCUUAAGGAGCAAGUAAUGUCAAAAAUUAGA